GCCCCAACAAUUCUACUCAGCGGCCAGUCGAGAGAGCACACGAUCAAAAUCUCUCCAAGUCGAUUUUCUUGUAAUAAUGGGUGCCUCCUUUUCGUUUCUCGCAAAAUCCCAAAAACGAUCCAAUAAGUUGCGAGCCUAAUUACAUGUGUUUAUUAUUGGGUCCUUGUUUCCAUUUCUCUGUCUUAUCUACAAAUUCUCUUUCUUUUUUCCUUGGCCUCAUCUUUUCUGUUCUUUCUUGCUUUAACCGUACGGUUACCGAAUUCCCAAUUCGAAUUUGGGUCUUUGGAUUUAGAUAAAAAAUUUGUCACUAAAUAUCAAUUUUUAAUUAUUAGGUAAUUCUUAUUUUAUCCUUUUGAUUUCCAAUUUUGGUGGGUUUUGAUUAGUUUUUGUACGAUUUUGGAGCUGAAGUACAUAAUUUAGGUUAGCAUCUAUCUAUCCUUUCUGUUUGCUAUUUGCAAUUUGGGUGUAAUUGUGCACUUAUUAAUUUGGACGAACCUAUUGUUGAUACUGAUUCCCUGGAAUUGUAAUUUCCAAUUUGAAUAAUCAAAAUUACUUAUGUAUCAGCAUGAAGAGUAUUAGAGAUUGGGUGUUCACUCAAUUAGUAUCAAAGUCGUUGGCAUCAUCUAGACCGUUAACUGGUAGUGGCAGUUUUUUUUCUCAGGAGCGUUCGGAUGAAGAUUCUAAUGAACCAGAGCUUACGUUCCUGUUAUGUUCAGCUCACAUGAAUGUUAUUGAGGCAGCAUCAGUGUCUCCUGAUACAUCAUUCUCUUCCAAUAAUACUCUGGAGAAUGGGCACCAUCCCUGUCUGCAGCAAGAUUCUGAAGAGUCAAACAGAUUUAGUCACGGUGGUGAUCAUAAAAGAAUGGAUCCAUUAGCAAAGAUCGAGGCUCUUCAAAUUAAGUUUUUCCGGCUUCUUCAACGGUUAGGGCACUCACAUGACAAUCUUCUGGCGGCAAAGGUUUUAUAUAGGUUACACCUAGCAGCUUCAAUACGAGCAGGGGAAACAGAUUCCAAAAGAGUCAGAAAAGUAGCUGCAGAACAGGAGGCAAUUGACAUUCCUAAAUUAAAUUACUCUAUGAGAAUACUUGUCCUAGGGAAAACAGGUGUUGGGAAGAGUGCGACCAUAAAUUCUGUAUUUGAUCAAACUAAGACCAUGACUAAUGCAUUUGAACCAGCCACCAGUCGCAUCCAAGAGAUUGUGGGGACUGUCAAAGGAAUCAAAGUGACUUUUAUUGACACCCCUGGUUUUUUACCUUCAUCUACAAGUACUGUGAGAAGAAAUAGGAAGAUGAUGCUCUCUGUGAAGAAAUUCAUUAGCAAAUACCCACCUGACAUUGUUUUAUUUUUUGAACGGCUUGACCUUGUUAAUUUGGGUUACAGUGAUUUCCCUCUUCUGACGCUUAUGACUGAAGUCUUUGGUAGUGCAAUAUGGUUCAACACCGUCCUUGUCAUGACUCAUGCUGCCCCAACACUUCCUGAAGGCCCAAAUGGAUAUCCAGUCAACUAUGAAUCUUAUGUGACCAGAUGCACAGAUGUCUUGCAACACUAUAUACACCAGGCAGUAUCUGAUGCAAAACUGGAAAACCCGGUACUUUUAGUGGAGAAUCAUCCUCAAUGUAAAAAGAAUUUCAUGGGGGAAAGUAUACUUCCAAAUGGACAAGCUUGGAAAUCUCAAGUCUUAUUGUUAUGCAUAUGUAACAAGAUCCUUGGUGAUGCUAGUACUCUUUUGGAAUUUCAAGACAGCAUUAAAUUGGGGUCAUCCAAUAGUCAGCGAAUGCCUUCACUGCCGCAUCUCCUUUCAUCUGUUCUCCAGCAUCGCUCUGUAUCAAGCCCAAAUGAAUCAGAGCAUGAAGUUGAUGGGAUUUUACUUUCAGAUGCAGAUGAAGAAGAUGAAUAUGAUCAAUUGCCUCCAAUAAGAAUCCUGACAAAAUCUCAAUUUGAAAGAUUGACGAAAUCGCAGAAAAGAGACUACCUUGAUGAGCUGGAUUACCGUGAGACCCUUUAUUUAAAGAAACAGUUAAAAGAGGAUGCUCGCAGGAGGAGGGAGAAGCAGCUUUCUGACGCGGAGAAUUUUGGAGAAGAUAAUACUUAUGAUGACCAGCAGGCAUCUCCAGAGGCUGUCCUCUUACCUGAUAUGGCUGUUCCUCCAAGUUUUGACUCGGAUUGCCCUGUACACAGAUACCGUUGCCUUGCUACAAGUGAUCAAUGGCUUGUGAGACCUGUUCUUGAUCCCCAAGGAUGGGAUCAUGAUGUGGGCUUUGAUGGUAUAAACUUGGAGACAGCUAUAGAAGUAAAAAGGAAUAUCCAUGCAUCAAUUGUAGGACAGAUGACCAAGGACAAGCAGCAUUUCAGUAUUCAGUCUGAAUGUGCUGCAGCUUACAAAGAUCCUAAGGGGCCUACUUAUUCUGUGGGUUUUGAUGUUCAAUCUUCUGGUAAAGAUCUUAUCUAUACAGUUCAUAGCGACACAAAGCUGAGGAUUCUGAGGCACAACAUUGCGGACUGUGCAGUUUCAUUGACAUCUUUUGGGAACAAGUAUUAUGUUGGUGCCAAGCUUGAAGAUGCCAUCUUGAUUGGGAAGAGAUUGAAGUUUGUAAUGAAUGCUGGCCAAAUGAGGGGUCCUGGACAAGUAGCAUAUGGUGGGACUCUUGAAGCAACAUUAAAAGGGCGAGACUACCCUGUGAGAAAUGAUAGUACCAGUCUGUCAAUGACAGCUCUCUCCUUUAAGAAGGAGAUGGUGUUGGGUGGAGGCUUUCAGUCACAGUUUCGACCAAUACUAGGCAUGACAAUGGCAGUUAAUGCCAAUUUGAACAGCCAGAAAAUGGGAAAAGUUUCUAUAAAGCUUAGUAGCUCUGAGCACACUGAAAUUGCUCUAAUAGCUAUAUUCUCAAUAUUUAGAGGCCUUUUGCAUAGGAAAGAGGCCGAAAAUGGAAGCAAGGAAGCAUUGGAGAUGUGACAAUUUUGUUUUGCCCUCUCUAGGUGCUUCUUCGUCAGCAGAGAAAAUAGUUGCUAGAAAGCAAUUUAUAAGCAGAACUAGGGUGAAGGUGAAAACAAAGAGUUGGAUUUUUUAAGGUUCUUCCAACUCUUUUUCUACCUUUUCAAUUUUCUCAACGCAUAUUUGGAGGGCAGAUGCAAAUAUUAUUAUAAUUAUUUUUAUUUUUUGUAUGCAUACUUGGAGAAGGCUAGAUAGUUGAGAGAAUAUGUAUUUUCUUUUUAAAGUAGUGAUCUGAUAAUGUCGAGUUGACUCGCCGGUCUGGCUGCAGAGCCUGCAACAAGUAAAUUACUGUUAUAAUUGUAUAGGAAAACAUGGAAAAUCAAUUUCUUAUAUGAUUCCUGGAGGAUAAAUCUCUUUUUGAUGGUCCACGCAUCAAAGUAAAUUUGAAAUGUUAUCUUUGCUUUGAA